AAUUGUUCCCUACCUUAUGUGUUAAAAAAGCCCUGAAGAUAAAAGCAGAGAGAUAUGUUAGAGUUGUGUAAAUUUUUCGUUCUUUACUUUUACUGACUUGUGUUAUGAUGGAACAAGUCGUUAAUAAUGACAUAAUCACGACCACAAAAGUUAAUUGAAAUGAUCCUCCACCUUUCCUUAAAACUGAAGAAAUUAUGAACAAAGAACGAUGUAUUUUGCGAAGUCAAGAAACAGUUUUUUUAUUUUACCUUCCACAUUUUUUACCAAAGCUUUUCCAUUUCUGACCAAGAUCUGUCUCGUGUCUCGCCUCCACAAAGAGGCUAGUCCACUCGCCAAAGCCGUCGCAUUGACAAGGACAAGGUGGGAGAGUCAGAAAUUUCAGACUGUUGCGGGAGAAGUUUUACAGUAAUUUAUUGAGAUAUGGCAUAUUACAACUAUCAGCAGCAGUCUGCGCCUGGUAUCGACCAAAACUUUUUAUGGAGUGUUUUCUCAAAGGUGGACAAAGAUAGGAGUGGAUCAAUAUCCUCAAAUGAACUGCAGCAAGCAUUAUCAAAUGGCACAUGGACUCCAUUUAACCCAGAAACAGUACGUCUUAUGAUCGGUAUGUUUGACAAGGAUCAUAAUGGAACAAUCAACUUCCAAGAAUUUGGUGCAUUGUGGAAGUAUGUUACAGACUGGCAAAAGUGUUUUCGUAACUAUGAUAGGGACAACUCUGGUGCAAUAGAUAGACAUGAAUUGAAACAAGCCCUUUCAAGUUUUGGUUACCGAUUGUCAGACAGAUUCUACGACAUACUUUUGCGAAAGUUUGACAGACGUGGGGCUGGUAGUGUCACCUUUGAUGAUUUCAUUCAGUGCUGUGUUGUCAUCCAGACUAUUACAAACGUUUUUAAAGAGUACGAUUUCCACAAAUGUGGCUGGGCUCAAAUUCCCUAUGAACAGUUCCUAUCAAUCGUGUUUGGUCUCAAGGAGCAGAAAUAUUGACGCUGACACAAGCCUUUCAGCAGUAUGACACCAAUAGAAAUGGGUGGGUGCAGAUGAAUUAUGAGCAGUUCCUGUCACUUGUAUUUAGCCUUAAAAGUUAGCCACCUGGAGGAUGAUAACGACAAGCAUGCAUAGUGUUGUUGUUUAGGUGCUGGAAAAAGAACUCUCUGUAACCUCUCUGUAAAAACCUUUUUCUUAUUUUGAUCAUAAUGUAUAAGUAUCAUUUAAUUUUCUAUUCAAACAUCAGUUCCCACAUAGCGUGGAGAGACUCGUAAUGAUAAGCGAAUGUAAUCUGGCAGUGGAGCUGGUAGGGAACUGGGUACAAACGUCAGGUAUUUAGGACCUCGGACGAGCAGACUUUAAAGCCACUGGAGCAAAUGUUGGAUUGAUGAAGAAAAGUCAGUGGUUUGAGCGAUGUAUUUAAGAGCCGCAUUGCGCCUCAUGACUGAUUUGAAAGCUUUAUCAAAGCAACUCUUCGCAUUAAUUUUCAGUCUAAAUUAAAACAAAGUUGUUAGUAGGUAGACUGGCUGUAACUAGACCGUUACAUUACAGCUAAUGCUUUACCUGUAUCAAACUUAAAAUAUAGACCUUUAAAUAUAGACCUUGUAGCAUUCUUUUUAAAUUUUGCAAAGCAAAUUAAUUGUUUCACCGACGAACAUUGCUGAUAAUUACUUUUUAUAGAUUAUGGGUGCUCUAAA